AUGUCUGCUAUCCGCAUUCAAGCCCAAUCGCUGGACGACAAGCUUGUUGCAACAAUCUCGAGGACACUCACCUCCGCUGGCGUACCGAAUAUUCUCUGGGGCAACUAUUUACUGACUGUCUACGGGAUCCCCACCAUCGUUGACGGUGUGGCCUUCGUUGUAGCCGAUGACUUGACCGCAAUUGCCUCAUCCUCUCUUCGGAAAGCUGGUUUUCCUGCCUGUGUGAAGGGCUUAAGCUGUCCUUUUUUAACCGCAUACCAACGCCUGCCUCUUGCCGCGCAUCUGCACAUUGACGACGAGCUUGUGAUAUCGAUAUACCGCAAGUCGGACGUGCUAUGGGAGCUUUCCUGGUCCGACCUCAUUAGUGCUUCGGACCUUCGACUCCCAUCAGCAGUCCUCGGCCGUGGUCGAGGGCGCUUACCCCCGAAUGCGACUCUGUGCAAGUCCCACACCCUGUUCAAUAUUGCGAGGCCCUGA